ACCCCAGCUGUCAGCUCCCUUCCUGACUUCCCCACCCUGCCCCCGGUGCCAUGGCGUCCAGCGAGGAGGACGGCACGGUGGAGGAGAAGGAAAACAACAACAAGAAGAGAACGAAAAGCGCCCUCAUAACCGCAUGGCUCACUUUCUACAACAUUGCCAUGACAGCCGGGUGGCUGGUUCUGGCAAUCACAAUGAUGCGCUUCUACAUUCAGAAAGGCACACACAAGGGUCUCUACAGAAGUAUAGCAAGGACACUCAAGUUUUUCCAGACCUUUGCAUUAGUUGAGGUGGGACAUUGUGCCGUUGGAAUUGUGAGGACUUCUGUGAUUGUAACUGGGGUUCAAGUGUGUUCAAGGAUUUACAUGGUUUGGUUCAUCACCAGUAGCAUCAGACAGAUCCAGAACGAAGAAAGUGUAAUCCUGUUCCUGGUCGUGUGGACUGUGACAGAGAUUACCAGAUAUUCUUAUUACACAUUCAACCUGCUCCACCAUCUGCCAUACUUCAUCAAAUGGGCCAGAUACAACUUCUUCAUCGUCUUGUACCCACUGGGAGUCGUCGGAGAGCUGCUCACCAUUUACGCUGCUCUGCCAUUCGUGCGCAGGUCUGGAAUGUACUCCAUGAGGCUCCCCAACAAAUAUAAUGUGUCGUUCGACUACUACUACUUCCUCAUCAUCGUCAUGCUGUCCUACAUCCCACUCUUUCCUCAGCUCUACUUGCACAUGCUGCGGCAGAGGAGGAGGGUGCUCCACGGUGAAGUCAUAGUGGAGAAGGAUGACUAAAUGUGCACCACCUCAUCCGUUGAGCCAGCCUGCCUAAACAUCACCCUCACCUGACCUCCGCUCCACCCACUCACCCCCAACACAUCUCACCUUUUCUUUUUGGCUGUUGGCAUUCUUAACUGCACGGGACCCAAGAAGCAGCUGACAACCUGCCUGACAACCAGCAAUGAUGAUGAUGAUGAUGAUGAUGACGAAAACUUGGAUAAAUUCCUGUUUGAAUGGUUAUUUGGCAAGAUGUUUACAGUUCUGGAGUUGUGUCUCAGCUCUGAGAGAUCUGGAUUCCUUCAUUCACCCACUGGCUUUACCCCAUCUCAUUGCACCGAAGAGAAACUGAGCCACAUCACUGCGUCAUGACAGGAAACAUGAGAAGAAACGUGGAAGGAAGAUUGUACGUUGUGUGCUCUGAAUUGUCCCUCAGCCCAACUAAUUGGCAGAUUUUAAAAACUAUGUGGCUGCACAGAUCAUGGUUCAAAAAGUUAAAUCAUACCUCAACAAUAAAUCUACAUUUAGACAAAUGUG